AUGACGCGGGAAAACAUUCCUACUCUAUUCUUGGAUGGAAGUGUGAAAGAGAAGCGACGGUCAGUAUUAGCUUUUGCUUAUGUGUAUCCGAUGCAGGAGACUCAGGAAGAAAGAGAAAAACAGGGGGGCUCGGAUUCGGAGGAGAUUGAGGAGAGGAAACGCGGGAAGAGCGACAAGACGAAGAGGAGGAGGUCACGGCGACGGUACAGUAGUGAGUCAGGUGCGGAUGAUUCGAGCUCGGAGGAUGCCGGUUCCGAAUCGGAAUCGGAGGGUUCGGAUUCAGUGAGCGAGAGUGAAGAGGCGAGGAGGAGGAGGAAGAGGAGAGAGAGGAGGAGGAGAGAGGAGGAGAACGAGAGGAAGAGGAGGAAGAGAGACAAGGAGAAGAGGAGGAGGAGAAAGAGAGACGAUGAAGAAGAGGAAGAGAGGAAGAGUAAAGAGAAGGAGAGAGCAGAGAGAGGUAAAACUGGUGCAGUGACCAACUCCUGGGGAAAAUACGGGAUUAUCAGAGAAACCGAUAUGUGGAAUAAACGUCCUGAGUUCACUGCUUGGUUAGCAGAAGUAAAACAGGUGAACCUGGAAAGCCUGGCUAACUGGGAAGAGAAACAGAUGUUUAAAGAGUUUAUGGAAGAUCAUAACACUGCUACCUUCCCUUCUAAAAAGUAUUAUGACCUCGAUGCUUAUCACCGACACCAAAUGGAAAAGGAGAUGAAAAAGGGUCUCAAGAAGGUUAUUUCCAAAGAACGCACAGUUUUCAAUGAUGAAGAACAGCGUCGGCAAGAACUGCUGCUAGAACGUGAAAGGCAAAAAGAGCAGGAGGUUGAAGCAUUGAAGGUUUCGAUGCAGGGUGGAAUGGCACAAGCAAUGAAAGAACAGGCUUUAUUGAGGGAAGAGAUGGCCUACCAAUAUAAGCUUGGCAACUUUGAGGCUGCUGCUGCCAUUCAGAGAAGACUGGAUCCAAACAUCGCCAUGUGAUGCAUCGUGCCCAGGCUUCGCCCCUGUCCUGGAUAGUGAUGAGACUAUGUGUUUGAAACUCUCUUCUUGUGAGGUUACCGCUUGAUGCAUCAGCCAGCAUCACCUCACAUUUUUGCAGAUGAGAGGUCAGCUCUUGGAUCUACAAAGUAUUGUGUAAUUGCAGGUCUUGCUUCGUCUCCAACUGCUUUGUUCUUAUGUACCCUUAAAAUGUCGACUUUGAGGUCUUUGAUUCUUUUGGUGCUAAGUAAAAGACAUUUGCAAGAAGAGAAAGUAACUCUUGUUAACGUGAUAUGAUGUACCUGGCAUUAUGACGGCCAGCCGGUGCACAACAGAUGUGGGAGGCUCUUUUUCUUA